AAGUCGGGUCCUGGUUCUCGGGCCCAGUCACAACAAAGCGGCUCCGGUUCGUCGCCUCCGUUAAACCGUGAACACUCCGCACGUUCCCCGGAGGAGAACCCCCCGGCCGCCGCUUCUCCUCUGCCCGCCGAGGCCGCCUGGUCCCCGGGGCUCCGCGGCGGAUCUCCCGGGCUGCUGGGCUUCGCUCUCGGUGACGGAUGGAGGCGGAAAACACCGAGAAACCCGACGAAUAAACCACCGGAGAAGCGGAGUCGCUCAGGUUCAGGUCCCGGGCCCGGUGGCUCACAUGGCGGAGUAGAAGGCGACCCGUCGACCCGCUGGUUCCGAGCCGGGAGCCGCAGCAUGGCGCCGGGCGGCCUGGUGGCGGCCUGCCGCAGCCUGGCCCUGUCCACCUGGCUGCUGUCCUUCUGCUUCGUGCACCUCCUGUGCCUGGACUUCACCGUGGCCGAGCGGGAGGAGUGGUACACCGCCUUCGUGAACAUCACCUACGUGGACCCGGCCACGUCCGAGCUCCGCACCGACCGGACGGAGUGCGGCCGCUACGGGGAGCACUCCCCCAAGAGGGACGCCAAGGGGGCGGUGGUCCUGCCCGCGGCGCCGCACGACCGCCAGGCCUGCGACCCCAACACCCGCUUCACCAGCCCCCGGUUCCCCGGGCCCGCGCAGCCCGGGCAGCCCGCGGCCUGGAUCGCGCUCAUCGCCCGGGGGAACUGCACCUACAAGGACAAGAUCCGGAACGCGGCCGCGCACAACGCGUCCGCCGUGGUCAUCUUCAACGUGGGCUCCGCCAACGUCAACGACACCAUCACCAUGCCGCAUCCAGGUACCGGUGAGGUCGUCGCCAUCAUGAUCCCGGAGCCCAAAGGUCGCGAGGUGGCUCUGCUGCUGGAGCACAACGUGACGGUCACCAUGACCAUCUCCAUCGGGACCAGGAACCUGCAGAAGUACGUGAGCAGGACGUCAGUGGUGUUUGUCUCCAUCUCCUUCAUCGUGCUGAUGAUCAUCUCGCUCGCCUGGCUCGUCUUCUACUACAUCCAGAGGUUCAGAUACGCCAACGCCCGAGACAGGAACCAGCGGCGUCUCGGAGAUGCAGCUAAGAAGGCCAUCAGCAAGCUGCAGGUCCGCAGCAUCAGGAAGGGCGACGAGGAGACGGAGCCCGACUUCGACAACUGUGCCGUGUGCAUCGAGGGCUACAAGCCCAACGACGUGGUGCGGGUGCUGCCCUGCAGACAUCUGUUCCAUAAGAGCUGCGUGGACCCCUGGCUGCUGGACCACCGCACCUGUCCCAUGUGCAAGAUGAACAUCCUGAAGGCCCUGGGCAUCGCUCUCAACGCGGACUGUCUGGACGACCUCCCGCUGGACUACGACCUGGUCCUCGGCGGCGCCGGGGGGGGCGGUGUGGGUGGAGGAGGCGGAGUCGGGGCCCUGGCUCUGGAGGCCGUGGUGUCCGGGGCGUCCAGUGACGGCACCCUGAGCGAGGGCGGCUCCUCCGUGGUGCUGGACCCGGGUGUGAGACGGGUCGGACUCCCACAGGACUACCAGGACCCCGACUCCCUGAGGGACAGCCCUGUGACGGCCACCACCGACACACACACAGGUGAGCAUCAGCCAAUGGCGAGCAGCGCCUCAGUGGCCUCCCUGGUCAUCGCUGUGGAGACCGGUCUGUCGGACGAGGAGGGGUCUAUGGAGGACCCUCAGCUGGGGAACAAAUCCUGAGCUCGACAGAACCAAACCAGAACCUGAUAAAACCUCCGAUCAGGUUCCGACUGUGGACCUCACGGGACCUGAUCCUGGUCCAGGACCUGGUUUUGGUUUGGAAGCUAAACCAAGAAGCAGCACGAUGGUUUGACUGGGUUUUGUUUCUCUUUGGACAAAACGUGUUGAACUAAACUUGUUGGACUCGCGCCUCACUAGAACCUGGGUUCAGAUCCCGGGUUUAGAUCCCGGGUUUAGAACCUGGGUUUAGAACCUGGGUUCAGAACCCGCCUUGGUUUGAUUUGUUUUGUUCGUCUCCUCCUGGACUCUUGGAGUGGUUGGACUUAACGUAGGUGUAAUGGAACUCCACAUAGACCGGGUCAGACUGGACCACAUAGACCGGGUCAGACUGGACCACAUGGACCGGGUCAGACUGGACCACAUAGACCGGGUCAGACUGGGACUCAGACCCACCCACCUUCACCUGGUUCACGCAGUUUGUAGAAGAAGCGAACGAGACGAUUGAAACACUUUGUUCUGGAAGUGAAGGUUUCUGAACGUCACCUGAUGGAGAUCUGUGGACCAUCGACCCUCCUGGUUUAUCUGAUCCGGAUCCAGAACCAUCCGGAACACGGGCGACACAUGUCAUCUGUUUCCACUCGAACGCUGAGGACGUGUUGAUCGUAGCAUCGUCCCCACGGAGCAUCCGGCUGUGACUUUGUAUUUGGUCCAAUGAGAAGAUAGUUGUCAUGUGUAGUUUUGUCCGAUGAGUCGUUGUCUACGUCCUCUCCGACGAUAAAAAUGAUUUUGUUACUUUGUGCGCGUCUUCUAAGAAUAAGUGUAUUUUCAUUACAUUUAAAGUUCUCCUCAAAUUGAAUCAUUCGGCCUCAGAUAACAAACGUGUCAGAAAUCCACUGAUCGUUUGUGUGUUUGUGUGUUUGUGUGUGCGUCGUGUCCGCUCAGCUCACAAAGACGUUCCUCGCGUUCGAUCCCCGUCCAGUGUUGCUUGGUCCUGUUUCUGUGUCCGUCGGUCCGUGCGUCCUCUGGACCACACCUGUCCGUCACCGCGGCAGAACGCUGCCUUCUCAAAAACCAUUUACCCUCGACCCGACAAUCAAGGACGAUCUUUACGUGUCGCUCUCUGAACCUGUUCGCUGGAAUUCAAAUCUCCUGAGGUUACACACACCCCCCCCCCCCCCGAUGCAGAGCUGUCGACAGGAGAAAGUUCGUCAGCUCAAAGCCAAACGUGUAAAUAUUAAAUGUAUAUUCCAAGUUCCCUGUGCCACACGGGGGCGCUGUUGGCUCUGUGAGGAGCUGUGGUUGUUCUGUGGCGUCUCCGGGAUGUGAGCUUCCUGAGACCGAGAUAAAGAUUAUCGUCUAUUUUGAUACCAGACGUUUAUUUUUGUAACGAACUGAUUCGCUCCCGCCGGACGCCUCCAUGUGACAGAGUCGAUCGGCACAUUUCCUUGUUUAUUUAUGUAGCUGUACAAUUACCCACAAUGCAAUGGACCGUACGAAUCUUAACUCUAAGUUUGUGCGUUAGCAUCGGAGCGUCUACGAUGAGAGCGGAUCCUGUGGUAAACUGGACAACCACUGAUUUAAUCACCUUUUUGAAGUUGUUUCCACAAAUUGAAAUGAAAGAAAACGUGACAGAAAAAAUAAGAAACAGUUUGAAGCAAGUUAUUAAAAAAUAUUAGUUUCAAAAGAAAGAAUCCAUAAAUAAGAUCUACAGCAAGUUGUUGCUUUUACCAUUUCACUGUUUAUGUAUCUGACACAAAAUCAAAUUGAUUUAAUCUUAAGUUUUAGUUCCGACACUAAAACAAAUCUAAAUAUUUGAUGUUUCCAGUUCAACCACGAGUUCGAUUCCUCCUCGACCGCCAGAACCGACUCUGCAAGGUUCUUCUUCUUCUCCUCUUCUUCACCUGUUUCACGAUUUGUUCUACGAACUCCAGCUGCUUCGAGCUGCGAUGACUCGUUACAUCAUUUCCUGUAAAACAAACCAAGAUGCUGCAUUUGUGUUCUUUGCCGAGUUUUAGUGUAAAUUGAAUUAAAAUCCUUUUGUGUUGAAUUACGUCGAGGAUCAUGUUGUUCACUUUAUUUCUUUAUGAUCUCAGUCGAGCUGAAGUCGAUUCUUCUUUAAAUCUGUCGGUUCUGUUGGAAGCGACCCCCCCCCCCCCCCCCCCCCGCUCAGUUCCCUCGUUUGAGGUUUUUAAUCAACAUUAGUUUCCUUCAUUACGUCUUCCUGUGUUCCGACAAAAUCAAACUCUGCUUUUUAAUCAAACAGCUUUUUGAAAUAAUAUUCAUAUAUUUCAAAUGAAGACAUUGAUAUAUUUAUAUCAGUCCUUAAAGUCACGUGUCACAUCAUCAUAUAACGCCGGUGUUUCAUGUGGUGGACAGUCUGCAAUAAAUAAACAAAACGUCAAAUAUAGAAAAACGAGUUCUGCGACGGGAAUAUUUGCAAAAUGAGAACAGAUCUGAUUAUUGUGAUCCAGAGAUCUUGUAAUAAUUUGUCCUGAAAGGUCAACUUUUUAUUAGUUACAUUUUUGAACAUCAGCUGUGUUUUAAAAACGGGACCUCGCGUCGCUGUCAGUCAUGACGUCUGACUCCUCCCUGCUCCUCAUGAAUGCUGUGUUCUGAUUGGUUGCUCGGCCUCUUUAGUUGAUGCACUUUAAUCCUGUUUCUCUGGAAGGUUCUUAAGUCUCUUCUCCUCCUCUCAUCCUCCUCUCUUCGUUCUUCGCUGAUUUGGUUUCACAAGUGAUGUUUGUUUUUCUUGUGUUGUAUCUUUGUAACUUGUAACCCCCCCCCCACACACACACACACACACACACACUCACUAUAUUUUUCAUCUGAUGACAGAAGCAUUAUCAGUUUGAAUAUUUCAGUUUGAAUGAAGGGAAAUCCGAGGUUUGGAUCCAGGGAGACGAUCAGCUGCGUUUCUACGAUACACAUUGUUUUCAAAAUGUCUGUUUGUGCGAUUGUCCUGUGCACGCAAACUAAAAAUACACACCCCUACGUACACGCGUGUAAAUACUCCAUGUUGUUUCUGUGUUUCAGUUGAUGCACGUGUUCUGAUUCAGUACAGAAUUUAAAUAAAGUUUUAUUGCAA